UCCCCUCUGCUGUCCCUAUGAUGCAUCAGGUGAGUCGUACUACCAGUAGCAUCACACUGUCAUGGCCUCAGCCAGACCAGCCCAAUGGGAUCAUCCUGGAUUACCAGCUACGCUACUUUGACAAGGGAGAAGAUGAGGAUAAUUCAUUCACCUUGACUAGCGAAACCAACAUGGCCACCAUAUCAAAUCUGAGCCCAGGCAAGAUCUAUGCCUUCCAAGUACGAGCUAGAACAGCAGUGGGCUAUGGCCCAUAUAGUGGAAAGAUGUAUUUCCAGACUUUAAUGGGAGGGGAGCGCUCGGAGAUGGUGCAGGAUCGACUGCCGCUUAUCGUGGGCUCAGCGCUUGGUGGUCUAGCCUUCUUGGUAAUUGCUGCCAUUGCCACCCUUGCCAUCAUCUUCAAGAGUAAAAGGCGAGAGACUCCAUAUACAGACCGCCUGCAGCAGUAUAUCAGUGCACGAGGACUUGGAGUGAAGUAUUACAUUGAUCCUUCGACCUAUGAAGAUCCCAAUGAAGCUAUUCGAGAAUUUGCCAAGGAGAUUGAUGUGUCCUUCAUCAAGAUUGAGGAGGUCAUUGGAUCAGGAGAGUUUGGAGAGGUGUGCUUUGGGCGCCUAAAACACCCAGGGAAGCGUGAAUACACAGUAGCUAUUAAGACCUUGAAGUCAGGUUACACAGAUGAACAGCGGCGGGAGUUCCUGAGCGAGGCCAGCAUCAUGGGGCAAUUUGAGCAUCCCAAUGUCAUCCAUCUGGAGGGUGUAGUCACCAAGAGCCGACCAGUCAUGAUUGUCACAGAGUUCAUGGAGAAUGGAUCACUGGAUUCCUUCCUCAGGCAGAAGGAGGGACAGUUCAGUGUGUUACAGCUGGUGGGAAUGCUACGGGGGAUUGCAGCUGGCAUGCGCUACCUUUCAGAUAUGAACUAUGUGCAUCGUGACCUGGCAGCACGUAACAUCUUAGUCAACAGUAACCUUGUGUGCAAGGUGUCAGACUUUGGUUUGUCCCGUUUUCUGGAGGAUGAUGCUUCAAAUCCCACCUAUACUGGAGCUCUGGGCUGCAAAAUCCCCAUCCGUUGGACUGCCCCUGAAGCUGUCCAGUAUCGCAAGUUCACCUCCUCCAGUGAUGUCUGGAGCUAUGGCAUUGUCAUGUGGGAGGUGAUGUCCUAUGGUGAGAGGCCUUACUGGGACAUGUCCAAUCAGGAUGUAAUUAAUGCCAUUGACCAGGACUAUCGCCUGCCACCACCCCCGGACUGCCCAACUGUUUUGCACCUGCUGAUGCUUGACUGCUGGCAGAAGGAGCGAAUCCAGAGACCCAAAUUUGAGCAAAUAGUCAGUGCCCUAGAUAAAAUGAUCCGCAAGCCAUCUGCCCUCAAAGCCACUGGCACUGGGAGCAGCAGACCAUCUCAGCCUCUCCUGAGCAACUGUCCUCCAGAUUUCCCUUCACUCAGCAAUGCCCAUGAGUGGUUGGAUGCUAUCAAGAUGGGCCGUUACAAGGAGAAUUUUGACCAGGCUGGUCUGAUUACAUUUGAUGUCAUAUCACGCAUGACUCUCGAAGAUAUCCAGCGUAUUGGCAUCACCCUUGUUGGUCACCAGAAAAAGAUUCUAAACAGCAUCCAGCUCAUGCGAGUCCAUUUGAAUCAGCUUGAACCAGUUGAAGUGUGAUGUUUACACCAUCCUUAUUCCACUAGUCUCAAACUCUGGAAAGGUUCUGGGGGAAUUCAGAGGGAUUUUCACUGUAAGAAAAAGAGAUGUCAGUAUGCUACUUGAAGACUUAAUGCACCCGGACAGUGCACGCUACAUGUCCUGUUCCAUGAACAAAACCAAAAAUUUGCCAUGAUUUGAAAACAGAGCUGAAUAACUGGUGGCAUUUAAAUGUGGCUGACAUCAUACAUUGAGAAUGGGUUGUGGGAGGGAAAGUUACGAUAACAUGGGGAGGAGAUGGAAUAAUAGCUUGGACAGAUCACAAGCACCCGUUGCCUCUUCUCUGCCAACAAAAGGUAUCAGACAACUUUACAAAGCUGUCAGCAGGCUUUAUCUGUGGCUGGGAUCCCAGCAAAGACAUAAUAAAGGCAACAAAAAAUUACCAUUUUUUUCCAAAAGAAUGCCAUCAUGGUAUGAGAGAUUAUUACUCAGAUGGAGAUGAGCAUCAGGCUAUCACUUGAUAUGCCAGCUUGCUCCGGAACUCAAGUGCCAGUUAGGGCACAAUAUGUGCUAAGCAAUAAGACAUGUCACCUGGUAAAGAGGUUGAGAGUAAAGGGCUCAAAAUUCUAUGCUA